CAGGCAAAGCUGCAGCAGCAAAUGGAUCUACAAAAGAAUCACAUCUUCCGCCUAACUCAAGGUCUGCAAGAGGCUCUAGAUCGAGCAGAUCUUCUGAAGACUGAAAGAAGUGACCUGGAAUAUCAGCUGGAAAACAUUCAGGUUCUCUACUCCCAUGAAAAAGUGAAAAUGGAGGGCACUAUUUCUCAGCAAACCAAACUCAUUGAUUUCCUGCAGGCAAAGAUGGACCAACCAGCGAAAAAGAAAAAGGGCCUGUUUAGUCGGCGGAAAGAGGACCCUUCUUUACCCACACAGGUUCCCCUGCAAUACAAUGAGCUGAAAGUGGCACUGGAGAAGGAGAAGGCUCGUUCUGCUGAGCUGGAGGAGGCUCUACAGAAAACACGCAUUGAACUCAGAUCUGCUCGUGAAGAAGCUGCUCAUCGGAAAAUAUCAGACCACCCUCAUCCAUCUACUCCAGCCACAGCCAGGCAGCAAAUCAUCAUGUCUGCCAUAGUCCGCUCACCAGAGCAUCAGCCUACACCGAUCAGUUUGCUAGCUCCACCCUCCAGUCGCAGGAAGGAAUCUUCCACACCAGAGGAGUACAGCCGCCGCCUGAAAGAGCGAAUGCAUCAUAAUAUCCCACAUCGUUUUAAUGUGGGGCUAAAUAUGAGAGCAACAAAAUGUGCGGUGUGUCUGGAUACUGUGCACUUUGGACGGCAAGCAUCUAAAUGUCUUGAAUGCCAGGUGAUGUGUCACCCAAAAUGCUCAACUUGCUUGCCAGCUACUUGUGGACUGCCAGCAGAAUAUGCCACGCACUUCUCUGAAGCAUUCUGCCGGGAUAAAAUGAAUUCUCCUGGUCUGCAGCUGAAGGAGCCAAGCAGCAGUCUACGUCUUGAAGGAUGGAUGAAAGUGCCAAGGAAUAAUAAACGUGGGCAACAGGGCUGGGACAGGAAGUAUAUUGUCCUGGAGGGAACGAAAGUGCUCAUUUAUGAUGCAGAAGCAAGAGAAGCUGGACAGAGGCCUCUGGAGGAGUUUGAACUCUGCCUUCCUGACGGUGAUGUAACUGUUCAUGGAGCUGUAGGAGCUACUGAACUUACCAAUACAGCAAAGACAGAUGUGCCAUAUAUCCUAAAAUUGGAGUCUCAUCCACACACCACUUGCUGGCCUGGUAGAACACUCUACCUGUUAGCACCCAGCUUCCCUGACAAACAGCGCUGGGUCACAGCACUGGAAUCAAUAGUGGCAGGUGGGAGAGUUUCCAGAGAAAAAGCUGAGGCUGAUGCUAAAUUGCUCGGAAACUCCCUGCUGAAGCUCGAGGGUGAAGACCGUUUGGAUAUAAAUUGCACAAUGCCCUUCAGUGACCAGGUAGUACUGGUGGGUGCAGAAGAAGGUCUCUAUGCCCUGAAUGUACUGAAGAAUUCCUUAACGCACAUCCCAGGAAUGGGUGCUGUCUUCCAAAUUCACCUCAUCAAGGAUCUGGAGAAGCUACUCAUGAUAGCAGGAGAAGAAAGGGCUCUGUGUCUUGUUGAUGUCAAGAAAGUGAAGCAAUCUCUAGCCCAGUCUCACCUCCCAGCCCAGCCUGAUAUCUCACCAAAUGUCUUUGAGGCUGUCAAAGGAUGUCACCUUUUUGCUGCUGGCAAGGUUGAGAAUGGUCUUUGUAUCUGCGCAGCCAUGCCCAAUAAAGUGGUUGUUCUGCGAUACAAUGAGAGCUUGAGCAAGUUCUGUAUCAGAAAGGAGAUCGAAACCUCUGAGCCUUGCAGCUGCAUCCAUUUGACCACUUACAGCAUCAUCAUUGGAACCAACAAGUUCUAUGAAAUUGAGAUGAAGCAGUAUACACUAGAAGAGUUUCUGGAUAAAAAUGACCACACUCUGGCCUCUGCUGUGUUUGCUGCUUCCACCAACAGUUUUCCUGUCAGUAUCAUCCAAGUGAACCCAGCAGGGCAGAGGGAGGAGUAUCUGCUGUGUUUCCAUGAGUUUGGUGUCUUUGUGGAUUCCUAUGGAAGACGCAGUAGGACAGAUGACCUGAAAUGGAAUCGCUUGCCCUUAGCUUUUGCCUACAGGGAACCCUAUCUGUUUGUGACCCACUUCAAUUCCCUUGAAGUGAUCGAGAUUCAGGCACGAGCUUCUCUAGGAACUCCAGCACGAGCCCACUUGGAGAUACCAAAUCCGCGGUAUCUAGGGCCUGCAAUUUCAUCUGGAGCUAUCUACUUGGCCUCCUCCUACCAAGAUAAAUUAAGGGUGAUUUGCUGUAAGGGCAAUCUGGUGAAGGAGACCAACAAUGAGCAGCACCACAGAGGAUCUUCUGCUACACGCAGUAGCCCUAACAAGAGAGGUCCGCCCACAUACAACGAGCACAUAACCAAGCGGGUAGCAUCAAGCCCAGGGCCACCAGAAGGUCCAAGCCACCCUCGAGAACCAAGCACACCACAUCGGUACCGCGAGGGAAGGACAGAGUUGCGGAGGGACAAGUCACCUGGGCGACCACUGGAGAGGGAGAAAUCUCCAGGCCGGCUUCUGAGCACCCGCAGAGAAAGGUCCCCUGGAAGACUGUUCGAAGAGAGCAGCCGCGGACGAAUGCCUGUGAGUGGUGCCAGAACUCCUCUUGCUCAAGUCAAUAAGGUCUGGGACCAGUCUUCAGUGUAAGUCUCAGCUAGACAAAGUUACUCAUCUUGACCUGCAGG